ACGGAUCCUAUCAAAUAUUUUACAUUUUCUAUGAUCAUCUCUAUUUUAGGUAUUCGGGGAAUCCUCCUUAAUAGACGAAAUAUUCCUAUUAUGUCAAUGCCAAUUGAAUCAAUGUUAUUAGCUGUGAAUUCGAACUUUUUGGUAUUUUCCGUUUCUUCGGAUGAUAUGAUGGGUCAAUCAUUUGCUUCAUUGGUUUCAACGGUGGCAGCUGCGGAAUCCGCUAUUGGGUUAGCCAUUUUCGUUAUAACUUUCCGAGUCCGAGGGACUAUUGCUGUAGAAUUUAUUAAUAGCAUUCAAGGUUAA